CGGCGUUAAAGUAAAUUCAUCCUCUUAAAAUUGAUCUAGGAACCGAAAAACAGUAUUGAUCAAUAAAUACAUCGGAAACAACUAGCAGAAAGCUUCUGCUUCCUUACUAAUCAAGGGCAAUUUAACGGUGCAAGUCCCUGGUGUGAAGCUGGGCUUAUCGUGACUAACUGGAUAGAUGUGCAGUGAUGUUUUAACUUUCAAAGUUCAAUAUUUUGAGGGUCACCCCACUGUCGGGUAUUAAACCAGGACCAAUCACGCAAGAUGUCCGUUUGAGAAAGAAUGGCUUAUCAGGCAGCACUGGAGUGAUCUUUAUAGUCUGUGAUAGUGUCUUUGUAAUGAGGUACAACUCUGUAAACUCUCUGUGAAGAAAGCAAAUUACCUCCCUUGGAUAAAGGAAAAAUAAUUUUAUAAAAGAGGAUUGUAAAAAAACUGCUGGUCGGGAUUUUUCAAGAAAAAUGGCAAGUUUCUUUAGAAGAAAGCGUAGCCUUAUAUGUAAAUUAGUAAUAGGAUUACCGGCAUUGUGGCUGGUUAUAGUGAUAUUUUUAAGUUUUCAAAAUACGGAUAAUGAUCCUCCGUUUCGCGAAAACCAGCAUCACGAGCAUAAUAUCGCGAAAAAAGACGUGCAGAAUUCCGGCGGUGGCGGAGUUUUUGAAGGAUUCCAAAAUCCAAUCAAUAAAUUUAAUCGGAUGGUUGAACCAUUUAAUCCUUUUGUAACUCAUAAAGAUAAACCAAAGAAUGAAAUACAAAACAUGGAUCAAGAAGGUUUACAUCCGCCUGCAGAUAUUGGAAAUCCUGACGAUUUAAUCGUACAUCAGGCGUAUGAUGCUUCCGAAAAAUACAGAGAUGUGGCACCCAACGCACCAGGUGAAAAUGGUGAGGGUGUAAACAUAGACAAAGAGAAAUUGUCCCCGGAAGAACGAAAGAAAUAUGACGAUGGCUGGCAAAAUAAUGCUUUCAACCAGUACGUCAGCGACCAGAUCUCGUUGCAUCGAAGUCUAAAAGAUGUUCGAGACGAAGAGUGCAAAACUUUGAAAUACAGAAGAAAACUCCCAGACACAAGUGUUGUUGUCUGUUUCCACAACGAGGCAUGGACGGUGUUGUUACGUACAUUUCACAGUGUCCUCGACAAAACUCCCCCAGAGCUGCUAAGGGAGAUCAUCCUUGUUGACGACUUUUCUGAUAAAGACUUCCUGAAGACACAGUUGGAAGACUACAUCAAGGACUACCCCAAAGUCAAGAUCGUGCGUACAAAACAGCGCGAGGGGUUGAUACGAGCGAGACUGCUGGGUUUCUCUGCGGCCAAGGGAGACGUUGUGACCUUCCUCGAUUCCCACUGCGAAUGUGCAGCAGGAUGGAUUGAACCAUUGCUCGACAGAAUUGCAGAGAAUAAAAGCAACGUUGUGUGUCCCGUGAUAGAUGUCAUCGAAGACGACUCAUUCAAGUUCCAGUACGGGAAUGCCCGCUCUACAAGUAUUGGUGGAUUUGAUUGGAACCUGCAGUUUAACUGGCAUGCCAUCCCGGAGUACGAACGGAAACGACGCAAUAACAAGGAUUAUUUACCUGUUAGGAGCCCUACUAUGGCAGGUGGCCUGUUCUCAAUAUCGAGGGAGUAUUUUGAGAAGCUAGGUGCUUAUGACCCAGGAAUGGACAUCUGGGGCGGGGAAAACCUUGAACUGUCUUUCAGGGUUUGGAUGUGUGGUGGAACAUUAGAGAUCGUUCCUUGUUCUCACGUCGGCCAUAUUUUCCGCAAGCGAUCCCCGUAUAAAUGGCGAGGAGGCGUCAAUGUGGUGAAGAAAAACUCCAUACGACUUGCUGAAGUGUGGAUGGACGAAUUUAAACAGUAUUACUACGAACGCUUUAAUAAUGAUUUGGGUGACUAUGGUGACGUCUCAGAGAGAAAGGCUUUAAGAGAACGGCUCCAGUGUAAAAGUUUCAGUUGGUUUGUCCACAACGUCUACCCCGACUUAUUCGUGCCUGGAGAGUCCAUUGCUUCUGGAGAGAUAAGGAGCCGAGCCAAACCAAUGUGCGUGGACAGUGCUGUUGAUUCGCAAAACUACCACAAACCGGUGAACAUGUGGCCCUGCCAUAACCAAGGGGGAAACCAGUACUGGAUGUUGAGUAAAAAUGGAGAAAUUCGCCGAGAUGAUGGAUGCCUUGACUUCUCCGGAGGGGAGAGCGUGAUUAUCUACCCGUGUCACGGACAGAAGGGCAACCAGGAAUGGAACUAUAGAGAGGACAAUACAGUUAUACAUGUCAACACCAACAAAUGUAUGACGGUGUCACUGGAUGGCCAAAAACUGCAGAUGGAGAAAUGUACGGGAAUCGACCGACAGCUUUGGACAUGGAAGCGCAAGUCGGCUGAUAGCCAAAAUAUUUACUAUGUUCCCUAUGUAAGGCCUAAAGGGAGAAGGCGAGGUGAUAGACCAAGGUAGAUGCGCGAGGGGGUCUAGGGGCAUUCUUAUAAGGAGAUAUUUUUCUUUAAUGCCAGGUGAAGCAUUUUCUGGGAUAUCUUAAGGCUGAAAACAAUUGUUUUCUGAAAAUAAUAUGCUGCCCGGGGUCGAAAGUGUUACCAAGGAGCCACGAAAGUGCAUAGCAUCAUAUUCUGAACCAGUGAAAAGUGUUAAACUUUGUGUAAACAUGUGUUAAUUAUAUAGUAUUUUUGGUUCAUAAAAAAAGCCUGUGUCGCAUAUUUAAACAUUGGUGUUUUAAUUAGGUUAUUUUACUUAAGUCAUAUGUACGUAGCAUAAUGAUGGAUGUUCGGAUUUUGCACCUCGGUAUUUGAAACCACUGAUGGUCAGAUAUAUUGUUUUGACAAUAUUAUUUAUAUAAUAACUUAUGUGAUAAGGUCUCCCAAGACCGUUGACACCCAUUGCCCAGUAAACCUAACAAGCCCAAUAACUUUAAUGUUAAAUGUAAUAAAACAAAGUAUAUAAAUUUAUGAGCAGGUACAUGUACCUACUAUUACCUGGAAGAUCUUGGAUGCUUGAACACUUUUGCAAAAACUGUGUCUUUUUAUACGCCCACCUUACGAUGGCCGUAUUAUGGGAACACCCAUGGCGGGCGGGCGGGCGGGCGGCUCCACAAUGUUGUCCGCUCUCUAACUUGAACAUUUCUCAUCCAAUUUCCACCAAACUUCAUGAAAGUGUUUGUUGGUGAAAUAUCUAGGUCAAGUUCGAUAACCAGCCAAAUCGCUCUAGGCACUCCAGAGUUAUGGCCCCCUGAAUUUGUCAAAAUUGGGCGGGCGGGCGGGCGGCUCCACAAUGUUGUCCGCUCUCUAACUUGAACAUUUCUCAUCCAAUUUCCACCAAACUUCAUGAAAGUGUUUGUUGGUGAAAUAUCUAGUUAUAACUGAUUCUGACACCUAUGGUAUUGACUUACAAAAGGUUGAAAAAUAAGUGUUACAAAGGGGGCAGUUUAAUAAAAAAUCAUAGAAGGGAUUUUGUACUUCCUUAGGAAAGAUCUUGAAUGGUAUAUUACUUCUUUUUAAAAACUCUUCUAGGAUCAUAAUUGCUCCUAAGAUAAUUGAUAAAAUGCCCCCCACACCCCCCUACAGCUCCUUCCCCCCUCCUCCCUCCCCCUAGUCACAAGGUUUUAUAGAAAAUGAGAAUGGUCUCUUUAAGGUGUUGAUUUCUUAUCUGGUUAUUUUAGAAACCAUUAAGGCUUUAAGAUAUAGAUACCCGGUACUUGUUUUAAAUCUAUCAUUAAACGACUAACACAGAAUUUUAAACAUUUAGCGAUAUUGUAUCUAAUACAAGAAGUAGGAGUAAUUAUAUUUCCUUCUUUUCAAUGUAAUCUAGCCUGUUUUGAGAAGAAGUUAUGGAAAUUGUUGUUUCCAUAAGCAUAAUGGUUUGUUUAUAGAUAAAAUUAUUGUUAGGCUUAUGGAAAGCAUAAAACAACAUGAUUUUGUUAACAAAGCCAAAUAUUACCUACUUUUUAGAUUCUACAGCUAGUCUUAUUUAUCACACAUGAACAGCUAGCCUAAUUCAAAUAGUAUUUUAUUUAUUUAAACAUCAUAUUUUACUUGGAAACAGCUAGCUUAAUUCAAAGAGUAUCUUAUACUUAAACAUCAUAUUUUACUUGGAAACAGCUAGCUUAAUUCAAAGAGUAUCUUAUACUUAAACAUCAUAUUUUACUUGGAAACAGCUAGCUUAAUUCAAAGAGUAUCUUAUACUUAAACAUCAUAGUUUACUUGGAAACAGCUAGCUUAAUUCAAAGAGUAUCUUAUACUUAAACAUCAUAUUUUACUUGGAAACAGCUAGCUUAAUUCAAAGAGUAUCUUAUACUUAAACAUCAUAUUUUACUCUGACACAGAGCGAAUGCAUUGUAUUAUUUAUUCAUUAAUGAUCCUGAAAUCCACGAUAUGUCAAUAAUCUCAAACGAUGGCUCUAUACUUAGCUUAGCUUAGACUAGUUAUCAUGAUAAAAAGCAGUUUUGUGUUAUCCUAUAGUAGUGAAUAUACUUGUGUUUUAUGUGUACAGUUUAGUUGAGGGUUCAUUCACACCUGGUUGGUUACGUAUAUAUGUAUAUGAUUUUACUUAUGAAAUUGAUAAUCAUCUAGAUUCAAUUUCUUGAGAAAUCUUAAGUCCCUAAUAACAUGAUCAAGCUAAGCACACUGUUAUUAUCAUCAUAUGAAAUGUUAUAAGUUUUGAAGCUUUUACUGAAAUUAUUAUAUUGAAGAUAAUCACGUUAAACACCUUUUUGUUUCGUAAAACCAAGUUUAAAAAAUGAAUUUGACGUAUGAAAAAAGAUACUUAAACCUGUUGCACUCAAGAUAUUUUGAGAAAUUAGGGCCUUCAGUUGGUGAGGUUUGACCUCUGAAUGUAGUUGUAGCUUGUGUCCAAAUAACUUGAUUUGUUACACGAGCGUUGUUAAUUGCCCUCGUUCUUCAUUGUAUAUUUUUAAGUGGAAUUUUGGCUUGCAGUAACAGUAUAUGUACUUAUGUGAAUUAUAUAAGUAUCUUUUAUAAUUUUUAAUGAAAUGUUUCCAAUUUAUAUGCAUUUUUGUGGACCAGAAAAUUUUAAUGAUAUUUUCCUUGGGCUUAAAGCAUUAUUAAAAAACAUGCAACCCUUUUUAUCCAUGUAUGUUUAACAACAUUCCCUUCUAACGAGCCCAUGACUGCUGUAGAUUGUUCAAAUUUUCAAGGUUUUAAAAUAUUCAUGAUAUUUGCAAAUUGCAGUCUGAAAGGCUGUAGUAUUCCCUAUGUAUUAUUCCAAUUAUUCUUCGCCAUUUAAUCAGAUCAGAAAUUGAAAACCUGAAAAAAUACUUGUUUUUUUUUUUCUUUUGCUGAUGAAUUUGUUUAAUGGUCGGAAACUUAAAACCAGACCAAUAUAGCCAAAAAAAACAUCAAAUCUGAGAUUUUUUCAAAGGAAUGUUUAGAAAAUAAAGCAGUUUACAGUAGUUUGUGUUGUAUUAUGUAUUAAAAAUUUAUGGUAUCUAUUGAAUAUAUAAAGCUUUAAAAUGAGAUAUAUAUGAUUUGUUAAAUUUUAAGCCGAGUUUUUAGAUUUUUAAGUUGUUGUAUUUAAUGUAAAGAUUUAUUGUAUGUUGAUAUUUUUUAAUGUUGAUAUUUUUUUAAUGUUGAUAAUUUUAUCAGUUUUCCAAGCAAUACAAGUUGAAUAAGCAAUAAGUCAAUGGUUUUGACACACUUCUAAUACCUACAUGCAUGGUGAUUGAUUUGUGUAUUUUUAUUCUUUGUAAAUAUCUAUUGGCUUUUUUGUGAAUUUUUAAAAUUGUAUGCUGAUUUAUUAAUAGAAUCUUAAAUUACCAAAUAUCUGUUUGACAGGAAAAUAUAUAUAUAAAAAAUGCUAUUAUGAAUUUAAAACCGGUAAAAAAAUGUAGAGCAAGGCCGGUAUUCAUUAACAUUUUAAUUCAUUACCUAUCUUAAGUCAUUUAUUUAAGUUAAGUAUCAAACUGAUCGUAUGAUAUGACUAUUUGGAAACUAUCUAAAAUACUUAAUAGACAUUAAUUUCAUUCAAUAUUCAUGCUUUUAUUUUAAAAACACUAACUUUCCUUUUGAUUUGACUAUGACAAAAAUAAGAAAUGACAUAAGAUGUUUUAUGAAUACCCAGUAUUUUGAGAUCAAGAUCAUGAACCUUUUAGAAACUAUUGGGAUUGCUUAAUCAGCAAUCAUACUAUGCAACAUCAAGAACUUUAGUUUGAUAUUUAGCUAGUGUCACAAUUCUGAUUGAAAGUUUUGCUAGCAAAAACAUAUGAAGUUGGUCUUUAUUGACCAAUUAAGAUUUAUUUACAGAAAAAUUGAAAAACUUCUUAGAUGUAUUUAUUUGGAAAAGAGAUUGUAUAACAUAAUGUGGGUUGAUUAGAUAAACUCAAUGAUUUUUAUGUCAGACAAAUAAAUGUUCACUUAAUCCAGUACUCAUGAACAGAGUUUUAUGUGCGUUUGUCGAGGUUUUUGAUGAGGAUGACAUAGUACCUGGUAUGUGUUAUUUACAAAUGUUUAUUAGAUGCAGUAUGCUAGAAUGAUUGUAUUUUCACUUACAAUUACUGGUAGAUGUAAAUUUCUUCAAUGUUAAGUAUACAAGGAUAAUAUAUAUGUAUUCUUCUUGUCAAUGUUUUUUGCUGCAUGUAAAUUGCUAUUUUUCACCUCAAUUUUACAAUUCGGCAGACAAAAUUAAGUGGGGAUUUCAUAUAGACUCAAAUCCAGAGUUGCGGAUUCUAUUCAGCCAGUCUGACAGAUAUCUAGACAGAUAUGAGGAUAUAUCCAGAGAUUUACAUGUACUGCCUUUCAAUUGCAGACAUCUUUUCAACCCAAAACAUGUUUUCUGUAUUUCAAAAAAAAAAAAGUGUUGCUUAAAGUAAAUGUUUUUACAGUUUUGAGAACUUAAGCCUCUGAAUUAAGAUUGAUAUUUGAAUCACAUUAUUCCUAAAUAGCUUUAAAAACAGCUGCAUCCAAAAUUGGAAAAUUGAACUUUCAAUGGAGGAAGGUCUUCAGUUUGAAGUUGGACAUAUCACAAGCAAUAUUGAUGUAAUGAAGCUUUUUCAGAACUUUUACCAAGACCUCAACUUAUUCCCUACAAAAUAAGCCAGACCCUUUUUUCUAAACUAAUUAUUGUUCUUUUGAAAUUGUUUCUGUCAAUGAAAAUCAUCCGGCUUACAUUUUGUCUGCUUUAAGUUCCAGACUGCCCUGUUGUGUUAGCCAUGCAAGAUUCAUUGUAUACUUUGAUCAUUCAACGGCCUUCUAUUGUUGCAUUAUAAGCGAGGACCAAAAGUUCAGUGCCUUCAUAUUAUGAUUACAUUAAAAUAUUGACAAAUGA